AUGACCACAAAAACCCGUCUCCAAGCCUCCCUCUCCCGCGCCGCAGCCCGGGAGGCCCCAUCUCUCGGGCAAUGGCUUGAAUUCCCGGGCUACCAGCUCGCUGAAACGGUCGCGUCACUGAGCGAAGACUGGGUAUUAAUAGACUGCGAGCAUGGCGCAAUAACCGAUCUGAAAUGCAUCUGCAAGUCGCCGCAAUAUCCAGCGCCAACUGCUCGCCCAUCGCGCGCCCUCGACGCUGGUGCACAUGGGAUAAUGAUUCCCAUGUGCGAGAUAGCUGAACAAGCCCGGUUUAUUGUGGCCCGGUGCAAGUACCCGCCAGCUGGAAUCCGGGGCGCCGGAGCAAUGUUUGCGCAUAGUGCAUUUCACCAGAAUCCGAGGGAGUAUCUUACGACUGCAAACGACAAUAUCGUCAUCAUCGUGCAGAUUGAGAGUAGGAAAGCGGUUGAAAACUGUGAGGAGAUUGCGGGCGUGGAGGGGGUCGAUAUGCUGUUCGUUGGGCCGAAUGAUCUCGCCAGUUCCAUGGGGCACGUGGCUUUUGAGCAUCCGCAUAUCGCGGAGGUGCAGGACGCAAUUGCGAGAGUUUUGAGGGCUGCAAAGAUGCACAAUAAAUAUGCGGGGCAUUUUGCGUUGGGGGCGGAGGAGGUUGCGAGACGGUGGAAGCAGGGUUUUGAUUUUGUGAAUUGCGGUGCGGAUAUUGUGGCAUUGAGCGCUUGGAUGGGGAAUGAGAUGGGGAAGCUGAAGGGCAUUAUUGGAAGUUAA